GUUAGAUUGUGCUGAAUAUUAUCUCGCCUGUCCUCUCACCGUUAUAAUAUUCAGCCGGAGAACAGGUGCGUGCCGUGGCUGUGACGCCGUGUAGCGCUGACCGCAUCCGCGUAGAGACGAAUUGGGGACAUUAAUGGAGACUGGCUGUGUUCGCCGGUUUAAUGCGGCUCAACUAGGCACACAUCAUAUCCAGGAGUCCAAACAGGUACCACGAGAGGCUUUACUGGACGGACAGCACCACACUGCAUUGUGGACUUCACCGUACUGAGAUGGACUGUAACUUAGGUGGCGUUUCGAGAUGCUGUGCGCUUACAGGAGGAAUUCACCCGGUUUAAUUUACUACUAAUUGUUCUGUGUAUCAUGUUGUCUGCGUUCAACACGUUGCCUGAGCGCGAGGCUGGAGCAGGUCACUGGUUCACUCCAUCCAUUAUUUAGGAUGACACCUCUCGGUCACACCUGCUCGGUCUCCUCCCUGCUUCCUCACCCCAUCUCCAGAGUUCAAACGCCCUGUCAGCAGACUGAGCGCUCCUGAGCACUCGCUGUAACCCGCUCUUGUUUGGCUUUCCUGGCUGACGUCCCGGGGAGGUGAUGCGACGGUUUGUCUACUGUAAGGUGGUGCUGACCACCUCUUUAGUGUGGGUGCUGGUGGAUGUGUUCUUGCUGCUCUACUUCAGCGAGUGUAACAAAUGUGAUGAUAGGAAGGACCGCUCGCUGCUCCCUGCCCUGCGAGCGGUAAUAUCUCGGAGCCAUGAGGGUCCAGGGGAGAUGGGCAAGGCAGUAAACAUCCCCAAGGACGACCAGGAGAAAAUGAAGGAGCUCUUUAAGAUUAACCAGUUCAAUCUAAUGGCGAGCGACAUGAUCGCACUCAACAGGAGUCUGCCGGACGUGAGGUUGGAUGGCUGUAAGACCAAGCUGUAUCCAGAUGACCUGCCAAACACCAGCAUCGUCAUCGUGUUUCACAACGAGGCGUGGAGCACACUGCUGCGGACAGUUCACAGUGUCAUCAACCGCUCUCCCAGACACUUGCUAGUGGAGAUUGUGCUAGUCGAUGAUGCCAGCGAGCGAGACUUUCUAAAGAAGAAGCUGGAGAACUAUGUGCGGACUCUGGAGGUGCCAGUGAGGAUCCUGAGGAUGGAGCAGCGUUCAGGUCUAAUCAGAGCCAGGUUGAGGGGAGCAGCUGCCACCAAAGGUCAAGUCAUCACUUUCUUGGACGCUCACUGCGAGUGUACUGUUGGCUGGCUGGAGCCCCUGCUGGCGCGCAUCAAAGAGGACAGGACAGCAGUGGUGUGCCCCAUCAUCGAUGUCAUCAGCGACGAGACGUUCGAGUACAUGGCAGGCUCAGAUAUGACCUAUGGUGGAUUCAACUGGAAGCUGAAUUUCCGCUGGUACCCUGUUCCCCAGCGGGAGAUGGACCGACGCAAGGGGGACAGAACACUUCCUGUCAGGACUCCCACCAUGGCAGGAGGAUUAUUCUCCAUAGACAAAGCAUACUUUGAAGAAAUAGGAAGCUACGAUCCAGGGAUGGAUAUCUGGGGCGGAGAGAACCUGGAAAUGUCUUUUCGGAUCUGGCAGUGCGGUGGCUCAUUGGAGAUCAUAACAUGUUCGCACGUGGGCCAUGUUUUCCGGAAGGCCACCCCAUACAGUUUCCCCGGUGGAACGGGCCAAGUCAUCAACAAGAACAACAGGCGCCUGGCAGAAGUCUGGAUGGAUGAUUUCAAGGACUUCUUCUAUAUCAUAUCACCAGGUGUGAUGCGGGUGGACUACGGAGACGUCUCUUCUCGUAAAAACCUCCGCGAGGCCUUAAAGUGCAAACCGUUCUCCUGGUAUCUAGAGAACAUCUACCCAGACUCCCAGAUACCGAGAAGAUACUACUCACUUGGUGAAAUCAGAAAUGUUGAGACCAACCAGUGUGUGGACAACAUGGGAAGAAAGGAGAACGAGAAAGUCGGCUUUUUCAACUGUCACGGCAUGGGCGGAAACCAGGUGUUCUCUUACACGGCAGAUAAAGAAAUUAGGACAGAUGACCUCUGUCUGGAUGUCUCCCGCCUCAACGGACCCGUCGUCAUGCUCAAGUGUCACCACAUGAAGGGCAAUCAGAUGUUCGAGUACGAUGCUGAGCGACUCACCCUGCUUCAUGUGAACAGCAACCAGUGUUUGGACAUGCCAUCUGAGGAGGACAAGAUGGUCCCAACCCUGAGAGACUGCAAUGGUAGCCGUGCACAGCAGUGGCUGCUCCGUAACAUGACCCUGAGCAUCUGAUCCCUCGCCUCACCUCCCCACCCCACUGUUCGGUCCUCAUCCUAACCAGUCCUGGCUCUCCCCACCCUCGCCAGGUGGCUCUUACCACAGCAAAUCAUAACGCCUCUUCCUGUAACAGCCUGGCCAGCAAACACAGAGAUCCAGGCAGCAGCGGCUUAUCUUCCAUUAUGGAGGCGUCUCCUUUUACAGCUCGCAACAGGUUUGAGAGGAGCUGCACCUGCCGCUCAGGCGACACCAUGAGCUGUGGCUUUGGGGACCUUGUUGUGUCUGAGCAGGGAGAACGAUGUGUGAGGUCUGAGCAUGGAGAACAUUAAAAUCAAAGCACUCACACUGUGUCAGCCAGCUGCUAGCCAUGCAUCCACUGUGCUGCUCAGACUGCCGCUUAACUGCAGGACAAACAAUUAAACAGAAGAGCAUCUAUAACAAGAAUACUGCAAGGCACGUGUCUGCAACGGUCCAUACUGUAAAUGACUUUCCCUGUGCUGUGUACACGCAGUGAACUCAUGUCCACUGUAGGUACUAUCUAACAAAACAAGACUGUUGUUGUCAUGACUGCUGCUCAUCCUGUUUCCAUAUCAGUGUCUGAGUUACAUUAAAAUAACAGGAAGUGAUGUCAUUAAUAGAGCCCAACCAAUGCUGGGUCUGUGAAGCUGAAGAAGUUGAUAUUUGAGGGUUAAACAUCUGAAACUGUGUGAGCACUGGUAUUUGAUUUUCAAGUCAAGCUGAAAUUUGAAUUCUCAUCACUUUUGGUGCCAGAACAUCUAAACUACAAUCUAAUGAUAUUUCAGCUAUUGUGUAUAUUUUUUAAAAAGAGGAUCACACACUGUGUAGACAUAUUUGUAGAAACAGUGUCUCCAAUGCCAGCUGGUAACUGACAGGGCCAGUGUCACGCUGUCAGUGUCUGUGGUCCGCUGCUGAUUGAGGAGCCAUAUAAUGCUUUUUUUUUUCUUUUUUAAACAAGCCCACGUAGUGUCGGCUAUCAACCUGAUUUAAGCCAUGUGUCCCCUUCCAAUUUUUAACAUGUGGGAGUACCUUUUUUAAUUAAGAUACCAAAUUAUUACACAAGACAAAACAAACAAAGGGUAGAUGUAAAAAAAAAAAAAAAAAUUUCAGUCUGACUUUAAAAUAACCUGCUUGCAUUAUUUUUUUUAUCGGGAUUCUUAAAAGUACAGUGUGUCAGAUAUGGCCAGAAUUUUAGUUUGAAACAUUUAAAAAAUGUACUGUGUUGCAGAGAUAUCUACUGAAAUGAGCAUGCUAACCAGCCGGCCCCAGCCUGUCUCAUCCAAGGCUAUUCAAAGAGGGUGUUGACACACUCCUUACCGCAUAGAUCGUUGUUGGAGGGUCACAGCAGAUGGUGCUAGAAACAAAACGAUGGUGUCCUCUCAGGUGCAUAUAGUAAUGUUUGCAUAUAGAAAGCUUUGUUUAUGGUCUUUAAUAAUGGACGUUUUCAGUAAUUACACAAUUGUAAUUCUCACUUAUAUCAUUAUUUUUCGUACAACAAUGUUCCGAACCAAAACCAACUCCAGAUGACUCAGUGAAAUAAUCCAAUCAACUCCAUGUACUGUGACAGUGCACCAGCUAUUGAGCCUUUUGGCAAGUGCAGACCAAAUUUUACUGUUUAAAAAUAUCACUAAAAAAAGGCGAUACUGAGUCAGGAGCGUCCAGUCUGCCCUCAGUCCAGCAUGACACAAUCCAAAUAUUGUUUGCAGAAAAUACAAGUUCAUAGUUGCCACCUGUGUCAACACAGCCAGGGGCCAGCUGGCUCAGCAGCCCUGUUUGGUCAAGGUUUGCUCUCAUGAUCCAGGCGCGACUGAGAAAAUGUCCCAGUUCUGACAAUCCCAGGUCCGAAAUCCAUGAUAGUGGUGUGGUUAGGUCAGCCGCUUCAGGCCGGUAUACAGCCAAGCUAAGAUAGCUAGGCUAAGAUAGCUUGCUGAGCUCUGGGUUGUGACCGAAAAAUGAGAUUGUGGAUAGAAGUGGCUGAAAUGAGUUCCCUCCGUGAGGUGCCUGGGCUCAGCCUU